CUAACCUAUUGCCAGAGCAUGAUUAAAGAGUGGGAAAACCGCUUUCAGAGGUAUAAAAGUCAGAGAGAUGGGAAUCCAAAGGCUCAGGAAGGGAUCACAGUCGAGGGAGAGCAAAAUAAUAAAACGCCAUCGUGGAUCACCAGCAAUGGCCAUUCCUCUAUAGUUCAAGACUUCCCAUACCACAAAGAGGAUAUCUGUACUGUGUCACCUCUGGGGAUAUGGACGGCAUUCUACAAAUCAGACCCACGCAUCGCCCUUGGAAAAUACUCCCCAAUGGAACAAGACAUUCUACAACUCGGUGGCGUUCACACCAUAGCAGCAAGAAGAUUUUUGGCUGACAAAUACUACAAAGAGUGGAAGAUGCUGAGGGAACUCCAGGCGCAGUCUCCAGACUACAAAAUGGCCAUCGAGCUGGGAAGAUGCUCCUCUUCUACUUGUACUGAGUGUAGACUCCCGGAAAAGAUAUGGACAGCGAAGGUGUCUGUGCCUGUAGAGGAGUUCAAAACGCCCCGCCGAGAGAAGGUCGACAUUAACAAACACAUCAAAAGAAUGGAGCUUGCAAGGGCCCUGAGAAACAAACAUCUUUCUCCAUACCUUGAAAGGAUCAGGAGCGCCACAUCGAUGUCCGGGGCAGAGCAGGAUUCCCCAGGAACAGACAAGUCCAGUAAGCAGGGAGAGAGUGAUGACAGGGAUAGCAGUGACAAAACCUGUUACAGAGAGAAAGGGAAGGCCAAGUUAGAACCCACCAAAGCACGAGAAGUCGCCUUGAACGUGGUUUUCAAGUCCGAGGAAUCCAAAAGUUGUGUAGUAUGCCAUCGGAAUGAUCGGAAACCCUUCCUCCCUGGGAAGAGACCGGAGCGACAUAUCACGGGCUUCACAAACAGAAACCUCUUCCCUAUCACUAACUUCCCUGGAGACCUGAUGCUCAUGAACCAGGAUUUUAGAUCCAAGGGAAUCCACCCGAAUGACGCCAUUAAAAUCUACUGGCUGCCGGAAGAUGAUCACUGCAAUGAACACAAGCAAAGGCCUGCUUACAGCCCACAGUGA